CAUGGCGCUUGUUCCAAUAGUAAUGGACUAUCAGGACAGACAUUGUACCUGUUCAUUGGCUAAAGCUGAAGAUUAGCUCCCUAUAUUGUAGAUUUCCAAGAAGUCCAUAACUCCUAGUCCAAACCCCACAAUGGAAAACAUAGAGUAAAGGAAUAUGAAGAAUUCGGAUGACACCGCCCCACCUGGAUAUUGUUGUAACUUGCAAGAAGCAACGUUGUCUGCUGUUUACCUCAUCGGAGCAAUGUCAGCUGCACUCGAAGAAAUCUGUGUAUUAGUAGAUCUCUUACUUCCACAUCUGAUGCACUCAGGUUCUAGCCCAUAAAAAGUAAUUCCCGGAUCUAGUGUUAUCGGUGGCGCUCGAG